UUAAAUCAAAUUUACGCCUUCCUCGCUUGCCAUUUCCCACUUCUCUCUCCACCUGCAGCCACCAUGCCAAACCACCAUCACCACCACCACCUCCACGCCCCUCUCCGCCCCUCUUCCUCCUCUUCAUCUAACCAGUCCUUCUCGUCAAAGCUUAUCCUACUCCUCACUCUCCUCCCUCUUUCUCUUGCCGCCUUGGCCUUCGUCCUGCAAUGGAAAGGCGAUCGAGUUCUCGCUGAUCCCGCCACCAUCACUGCUCGCUGGGCUCCUCAAGGUUCCCACAACCAUGAGAUCUUUCCCGGCAUGGAAUCCUCAGCUUCUAUUCUUUCUCCUAAACCUCACCACUCAUCUGACUGCUUCUCUCUUGCUCGAAGUGGGUCUCCUUCUUUCCCCUACCUGCGUGAUUGGAAGUUUGAUUUCGAGGCCAAUUUGAGGCCUAAGAUAUGUAUAACAACAAGUACCUCUGCAGGCUUAGAUCAGAUUCUUCCAUGGAUGUUUUAUCAUAAGGUUAUCGGCGUGACAACCUUUUUCCUUUUUGUAGAAGGAAAGGCUGCAUCUCCUAGUGUAUCUAAAGUUCUUGAAUCUAUUCCUGGAGUAAAAGUGAUAUUUAGAACAAGAGAACUAGAGGAGCAACAGGCAAGAAGCCGGAUCUGGAAUGAGACAUGGCUGUCAAGUUUCUUUUACAAGCCAUGCAAUUAUGAACUGUUUGUGAAGCAAUCUCUCAAUAUGGAAAUGGCUAUUGUCAUGGCAAGGGAUGCAGGUAUGGACUGGAUACUUCAUCUUGACACUGAUGAACUGAUACAUCCUGCUGGUUCUAGUGAAUAUUCCUUGAGGCAAUUACUGCUGGAUGUUCCUGGGAAUGUAGAUAUGGUUAUUUUUCCAAAUUAUGAGAGUGGUGUUGAAAGAGAUGAUAUCAAGGAUCCUUUUAGUGAGGUUUCAUUGUUCAAAAAGAAUUAUGACCAUCUUCCAAAGGAUUCAUACUUUGGCAUGUACAAGGAGUCAACUCGUGGGAAUCCAAAUUACUUCUUAACUUAUGGAAAUGGGAAAUCAGUUGCUCGAAUUCAAGAUCAUCUCCGUCCUAAUGGUGCACACCGAUGGCAUAACUACAUGAAAACUCCCAAUGAGGUGAAAUUGGAAGAGGCUGCGGUUCUACACUAUACAUAUGCCAAAUUCUCAGACUUGACUUCCAGACGUGAUCGAUGUGGCUGUAAGCCUACCAAGGAGGAUGUCAAGAGAUGCUUUAUGUUGGAAUUUGACAGAGCUGCAUUCAUAAUAGCAUCAACAACAACAGAUGAGGAAAUGCUAAACUGGUACCAUGAACAUGUUGUAUGGGGUGAUAAAGACCUAAAAUUGAAACUAUUAAGGAAGGGAAUUUUAACCCGCAUAUAUGCACCCAUGGUCAUAAUUCAGGCUUUAAGAGAAUCUGGUGUAUUCAGUUCUAUUAUUGCAUCUGCGCCAACAACUAUUUCAAAAGACAAAUUUUUAGCAUCUAUUGAUAAAAGCAACUCAUCCAGAGCUAUUGCCUCUGAAUCACUACCAUCGAGAAAGAUGGGAAGAAACAGGGAGCAUCAGACAGCUGCUAGGAAGGUUUUGGAUCUAGAAGCUACUGAAUUUCAUGAAGCAGCUGUUCCUCCAUUGUCUCCCCCUGGAGUGAACGAUGACAUCCUUGUGGAAAUGUGAUUGAGAGUUUGGCGUGAUUGCUUCUUCUUCUCAUUCCUGUUCAAAUAGGUUUGAUCAUUUUGGUCUGAUUUGCUUUGAAAGGGAGAACCAGGAGAGAAAAGAAAGCGCAAGCAGGCCUCAGGCCUCUUUCUGCAGUGUGUUCAGUUCAGUUGGUUCUUCCCCGUGAUUCCCGAUCAUGAUCCAAGCGCCUGUGUACAUUCUUUAGAAGAGAGAUUUAUGGCAUUGUAACUUCAUGUUUACAACCAGAAAACUUAUUUUAUUUACAGAAACCACAGUGUUCACAGCCAAGUGUUGUAUCAUUAGUUAAUUUUGUGGAAAUUCAAGAGGCAAAAUGACAAUAUGGGAUUCUUGAGAGGAUAUCAUGUGCUUUAAAGUUUUUUUGUAUUUGAGAGGAUGCCUACAUGAUCUCAAAUUGAGUUAAAAUGAACCAAGGUCGUCUUGUUUGCCA